ACAGCAGCUUCAUCGCGAAGCUCACCGAGAGAGAGAGAGAGAGAGAGAGAGAGAGAGAGAGAGAGGAGAGCAGGACGAGAGACAUGGCGGCUGCCUUGGGGAUCCCGAAGGAGUACGGCUACGUGGUGCUGGUGCUGCUCUCCUACAUCUUCCUCAACUUCUGGAUGUCCUUCCAAGUCGGCAAGGCCCGCAAGAAGUACCAGGUGUUCUACCCCACCCUCUACGCCAUCAAGUCCGAGAACAAGGACGCCAAGCUCUUCAAUUGCGUCCAGAGGGGGCAUCAGAACUCGCUGGAGAUGAUGCCGGUGUUCUUCGCCACGCUGCUUGUAGGCGGCCUGCAGCUCCCCGUCAUCGCCGCGGGGCUCGGCGCCGUCUACACCGUCGCCCGCUUCUUCUACUUCAAGGGCUAUGCCUCCGGCGUCCCGGAGAACCGCCUCAGGAUCGGGGGAAUCAACUUCCUGGCCUUGUUCGGGCUUAUAAUCCUCACGGCGGCCUUCGCGAUGAGCCUUAUCCUCGAUGUCAACAUGCAGUCUCGAUCGUCUUCUUGAAGCUUUGCUGUUAGCACAUGAUACAACCUUUUCUUCUUCUUUUAUCUAUGUUGAUCUUUACAUGCUGUUCAUUCCUACGCGCUGGCCAUGUAUUCUGUUUUGUGCAUUGACCAUGUCGGUCAACACCCUAUUGGGGUCAACUUUGGUUCCGUAUUUAAUAAAAAAUAAUUUAAUUUUAGAUAUAUCUCUCCAAUCACGCAUUUCGCCGGUGAACAGCACGAUAUUUGAGAUGGAGAUCGACGAGUUUGCCGUGAGUCUAAACGACUGCAACAUUGGAGCAAAUCUCUUCUCGGAUCAGGUAAGAUGUUUGGAUUGCGACCCGAACCCGAUGGUCUGUAUAGUUUUUAACGGUCUAUCUGAGUCAGGCUUUAAAUCUCGGAUAUCCGAAUCCAAAUUCUGGACGGAUCGGAUCCGAUGAGCAUGUGUCGUACGAGCCAGGCAACACAGAGUGUCAUGAGCAGAGCUGUGUGAGGCCCCACAUCUUCUGGGUCACUCAGGGAUGGGGUUGGUGUGGGGUCCCACGAUCGACCGUGAUCAAUGGCACGCACGAGAUCGAGGGAGCCUCCAUCCUAACCUUGUGCUGACCGGGUCGCAAACAGAGCCCAUAAACGACGCGGGCCUCCGCGGUCGCCUGCACCAGAUCAGAUAACCCUAACCCUCGCUCUUCUUCCAGCUCGAAGCCGCACUCAUUGCUCGAUCGACCGUCCCGUCUCGGCUCCUGGGAAUUGGGGGAAUCCAACCCCAACCCAUCUCCUCUCUCCCCCCACCUUCCCAGCCUCGAUCCCAAGCCCCGAAUCGACCCCACUGCACCGACCACGAGAGGAAGGACGCGAUCGAUCGAGCCCUAAAUCCAUCCUCCAUGGCCGCGCCCACCCCGACCCCAAUUCCCCUCGCCCAAAUCGAAUCGUCCACGGCUUCCCCUGCCGCUGCUGCGGUUGCUGCUGCUGCUGCUGCCGCCGCUCCUCCCCCGUCCAAGCUCCCCAUCAAGCGCAAGAAGACUCCCCAGCCACACUCCCAAGAACAGGCACAGCCCCACCUCUCCUCCCCCGACCCCCUCCUCGUUCCCGCCCCUUCCUCCUCCUCCUCGGAUCCACCCCUCGCCGCUGACCAGGGCUUCGACGAGGACGAUGACUACGAUGAUGGCGACGACGACUACGGCGCCGCAGCGGCCGCCGGGUCAGCCGCCCCGAUCGACGUGCGAGCCGGCGGGGCUUCGGCUGCCGCGGCCCCUCCCUUCCGGUUCCAGCGUGUGUGGUCGGAGUCGGACGAGAUCCGGUUCCUCCAGGGCCUCCUGGGCUGCUGGUCGCAGGGCCUGGUUUUCCCUCGCGACCUCAACCUUUUCUUCGACCGCUUCUCCGAGUCCAUGCCCCAGCCUUACACCCGGUCGCAGCUCUCCGAGAAGCUCCGCCGCCUCCGCAAGAAGUUCCGCGUCAUGUCUUCCCGCAUCGCCCGCGGCCAGGACCCCGCCCGCCUCGCCCCCCACGACCGCGACGUCCUCCACCUCUGCACCCGCCUCUGGCACCCCUCCUACGCCGCCUCGUCCCCCUUUUCGGCCCCCGACGCCCUCGCCCCCGGCAGUGGCGGCAACAAGCGUCGCCGCCCCAACCCGCGGGCCCCCACUGGCCAGGCCCGCCCCGACAACCCGCCUCCCUUUCCCGCCCCUCCUCCUCCUCUUCCCGCACCUAUCGCCACCCUAACACCUCCUCCACCCCUUCUUGCUCUUCCUCCUCCUACCGACGAAAAGGUGGCCUGCAUCGGUGCGGGCACCUCCGUGAACGCGCUUCAUCCUGUACUGGAAAACGAAGAAAAGGAGGUGAAGGUGGAGAAAGAGGAGAAGCCUCUGUCGGGGGUGGGUAGGGAUGAGGUUGCUCCUGGCAUCGAUGUGCCAAGGCAUCUGUUGGCGAAAACCAUCCUGGAUGUGUUUGAUGCGUGCCUCAACGAGUUCAAGGUGACCGUGGCAGGGCAGGGGCUCGUUUUCCCAGGCGGCUCUGCUUCGUCCGGUGCCGCUGGUAGGAGUGACCUGGAGCAGAGAUGGCGGGAGCAGCGGGUCACCGAGCUGGACGUCUUGGGCAGGCGCUUGAGGUUGGUUCUCGAGAAAACCAUCCAGAAUUGAACAGUCUGCAGGGAAAGAAACUAAUUUGGAUUCUCCUCUGCUAGGAUGUGUUAUUAGCUUCCAGUACCGUUUAUUUAUGCGUUGCUUUACGAGUUUGUACAUCGUCGUAUCCGUAGUUCAUGUAGUUCUUGCGUCUUAAUAUAAAUGUUUGUCUUUGUGGUUGCAGCAGAAUCUAA